AUGGACGGAGAAGUCACUACAGCAGUCCUUCCUGGAUGGAAAGCCCGGCCUGAGAAUCGAGCACAAGCCGACGCCCAACUUCGGAAGCUGCUUGAGCCACGAGAACGCCUGAAGCAACGGGAGCUACUGAGACAGCAGACCGGCACAGACGCGAACAACCAAAGCGAUGAUUUUGAGAUUGACCAACUCGACGGAUCUUUGACAGUUCUGUCCGAGCAGCUGUACAACAAAGAUAUGCACUUCAUCCUUGAGCUGAUCCAGAAUGCAGACGACAACGCAUACGGCGCAAGCACCAUACCCAGCUUCGGUAUGAGACUGGACAAGAAUGAUGGCGACUGCACUUUUCAGACCGGAUGCAACGAAGUGGGCUUCAUAGUCCAUCAGAUUGACGCUCUCUGCAGAAUCGCGAGUAGCACGAAGAAGAACGAGAAGGACGUACGUACAGGCUACAUCGGCGAGAAGGGUAUUGGCUUCAAGGCUGUCUUCAAAGUUGCCGAUGUAGUGUACAUCAAGAGCGGCUUCUACAGCUUCAAGCUGGACAAACGCAAUGGUUUGGUCGGAACACUGCUACCUUUGCCAGCCGAUUUCCCAGCGUCAAAGCACCACGAGCACGAUCGCUCAGCGACACGGAUGACACUGCUUCUCAAGGGAAUAGAGCAAUACGACAAGAUCUCUAAAGAGCUCACCAAGAUCAAGCCUGAGAUACUGCUUUUUCUGCGUCGCUUGAGAUCCAUUUCCAUGAACAAGGGGCAGGAAACCACAGUUUACUUGGCGAUGCACAACGAGCAUGAGGAGAAGCUUCAAGGUGAGACCAAGACCAUUGACUGCCAGAAGCAAGGCGAAUCAUUUCGCAACAAGAAGUUUCUCAUCACCCGAACGAUGGUGAACGACAUGCCAAGCGAGGAGAAGCGAGCAGUCAUUCAUCAUGAUUACUUUGAACAACUCAAGCAGACUCAACAAAACUCUGGCGCCAAGGUCGCUGCAAUUGCCACAGAACCCGAAAGUGGCGAGACGGAAACCUCGGCGAAGACAGACCCCUUUCAUCAGUGGCUAACAGGGAAAGACUUGUGUCAGCUGGCAACAAGGCCAAGGCUCACCUUUUACCACCGGGAUUCUAACGAAGACAGAUUAACAAGAGAACGGAAGUGGCUAAUCAAGCAUGCCGUGAUGGAUCUAGUCUUGCUGAUGAGGGACGAUUGGGCGCACUACGCCGCCAAUCAACGUACUUUGAUACCAGCGGCCAAAAAGCUGCUUGUGCCUUGCCGAGAUGGGAAAGUCCGCGAGCUGCAGGAGACCGCUAUACCGUCAAGUUCGCUCCUCGAAGCGUGCCCUCACAUCAAUUUUGCAGACAUUUCCGAGCCAAACAACGACAAGUGGUGCUUUUUGUCGAACUUCUCGGUUAUUGUGGAGGCCAAAGACCAGGCACGCAUCCGCGAGCUAGAAGUGCUGCGCCGCAUCACAUCUCUAGAGAACGCCUUGGAGAAGAUCCAGCCCAUUUACGAGUAUCUGGCCAAGAACAGAUCAAUGAUGUUGAAUUCAACCGUGUAA